AUGACGCUCCCGAGCGUGAAAUCCCUACGUGAUGUGUCUCGACUUGCUCAGCCGACGAUUCGAACGCUUGUUUAUGAUGGCUCGCGAAACAAUUUGAAAAUCGGAAAGAACACAAAGGUUCUUGUACAAGGGUUUACGGGCAAACAAGGAACUUUCCAUGGCAAGCAAAUGAUUGAGUACAACACGAGAGUUGUGGGCGGCGUUUCACCGAAUAAAGCCGGACAAACGCAUCUUGGUCUUCCAGUUUUCGGAACUGUUGCCGAAGCCAGGAACAAGACUGGUUGUGAUGCCACUGUCAUUUACGUUCCACCUUCGGGAUGCGGUGCUGCCAUUGAGGAAGCUAUUGAUGCAGAGGUUCCAUUGAUUGUGUGCAUCACAGAAGGCGUUCCUCAACAGGACAUGGUUCGUGUCAAGGCCAAGCUCCUUAAACAAUCGCAUUCACGUCUUAUCGGCCCCAACUGCCCUGGAAUUAUCGCUGCAGAGCAAUGCAAGAUUGGAAUUAUGCCAGGACACAUUCAUAGGCGCGGUUGCAUUGGAAUUGUCUCCAGAUCGGGCACUCUUACUUACGAAGCGGUUCAUCAAACUUCCGCCGUUGGAUUGGGACAAACUUUGUGUGUCGGUAUUGGUGGCGACCCUUUCAACGGAACCAACUUCAUCGAUUGUCUUGAGGUGUUCUUGCAAGAUCCAGAGACAAAGGGAAUUAUUUUGAUUGGAGAAAUUGGAGGACAAGCCGAAGAACAGGCUGCUGCUUACUUGAAAGAACACAACAGUGGACCUGACUCAAAACCGGUCACCUCGUUUAUUGCCGGAGUUACUGCUCCUCCAGGUCGUCGUAUGGGUCACGCUGGUGCAAUCAUUGCCGGCGGUAAAGGAACAGCCACCGAUAAGAUCGAAGCAUUGCGUGCUGCUGGGGUUUACGUUACCAAUUCGCCUGCACAAUUGGGAAUAAUAGAGCGGCCUGCUUCUUGGAGCCAGUAUGAUGCUUCGAAAUUUUUUUUCAUA